AUGGAUGAACACGAGACCAACCAUCAUAAUCAUUUCAUCCUCCUCGUGUUGUUGCGGAGAUCGCUCGCAACUGGGCCAUCUGACCAGGUGGCAUCACGGACCACCGACCCAACACAGAUCAUCUUGCGGGUGCCUGCUUGUGGCUCGGGCACCGAAUCACACGAUCAGCGCAGAGACGAGUUGUGGCUUGAGACCUGGCACGCGGACGAUGAUUGGGGAUACGAGGAUGAUGGCAGAGGCUUGACGAGUGAGAAAUACGGGCUUGUGGCUUGA